AUGUAUUCGACCGUGAUCAAUAUCAACAGUUGUUCACCCGCCCUGUCGCGUCCUCUCAUCCCUCCGUCAAACCUACCAUGUGAUCCAGUCGAUCUCAGAAUUGUCGACCAUCCUAUGAGUGAUCUUUUCUCUGUUUUCGCGGUUUUCUCGGCCAGCAAUACGAUCUCUUUUGUGGUGGCCGUGCCUGAUGAGCUAGCAAACUACAGCCUUUUCCUUCAUGAACAGCUCCAGUUGCCUCAACGCAGUUCAUGGACCCUAUGUAACGGCAGUUUUGAGUCCACCAUUCUCAUUGCAAAUGAAACCACUGUCUACCACAUGGACAUUUCCCCAUGGCUUGAAAACUAUGCGGAGGCACUCGGCGGGUCGGGGGCUGGCACGGGUUCAUCUUCGUCUAUGAAAAGUACUGUAGCACGUGAACUGAUAACUACAUUGCCGUGCAAAAGUGCUGAGAAAUCGGAGUUACCGCAUUUUUCAUGGUCCGGCACAGGAAACGUCUGUGGGUGUCCAUCAUGCAUCUCGACACGUCCUCGUGCCAAGUACGCCACUAUUUCAUCGCUUGACGUCAUGGAUCCAUCCACCAUUAGCGACCGCAUUCCUUAA